AUGGCGAUUAUCAACGAUAAAGACUUCCCUUUGCUGCCAUCGCAAGAUGGAAAGCAGCGUCCUCGAACAAGAGCUCAUGUCAAUACUGCAAACAUGCGGAGGAAAGGAGGAUUAGAUGCCUCACUGAUCGAUCUUCCUGACGAACUUAUACUAGAAAUACUGGAACAUCUCCCAGGAAACUCUAGUAGAUCUGACCUUCGUACACUCCUGGAUUUAUCAUUGACAAAUCGACGUUUUUACCGAAUCGUUAUCGAAAGGAUAUAUGAAAGAUAUGAAAGUUACUACCGCGAGCCCUAUAAAUUUCUUCGUACGAUGAUAUUAAAGCCAGAGCUUGCGGACCUAGUGCAUGACGUGGACAUCUCCUUUACGGCAUGCAUGGGACAACGACGUACUCCAACCGCGCAAGACAAGAAAAUCGUCAAAGAAGGCCUACGGGCGCUUGCCACACCUGGUUGGAAAGACUGGGCGGCUAAUUGCAAUUCCAAAGACAAGGGUGACGAAACGGUAUACAAGGCGAUAUUAUUCUACACAAGAAAUAUAAAGUCGCUAAGAAUUGAUGGUGACAUACAUGCCUCUUCGCGAAGCGUUGACUGGUUCGAGGUUUUCGGAAAUACGACUGCUGGAAUCUUGUCCGAUCAAGCACAUGGUUUCCAGCACUUACGAUCAGUCUCAAUCGAGAACACCUCAGCAAGCAUCAUUCAACUUGCACCUCUAUUCCGAUUGCAGUCGCUGCAGACUUUACAAAUACGAAAUACCGAUUGUUGGACAGCAGGAGACGGACAUGCACCCAGAUUGCAGCGGCUCAUUCCACGGGCUUGCAACAACAUCGAGAGCCUUAUUCUGUACGAAAGCUUCUACGCUAAGAGGAUAUUGAACAUAUUACUCGCGUCCUCUCAGAAAUUAGUGUAUUUUCUGUACGAUAUAACAAACGACGAUGACGCAGAAGUACCAUUAUCGCGGGAUGAGGCCUCGCUAUCGCUGUCUCAAGCUCUGGCUUACCAGAAAAGCUCACUAGAGGGUAUUGAUGUGUACAGCGAGCAUUACAGCGAAGAACUUUACGUUGAUGUACAUCUCCGAGAUAGCCUUAAGGACUUCUCAGUAUUGAAAUCGAUCACCUGUUCUCUCAGCAAGGUGGCAUCAAAUAAUUCUGAUACUCUUGUUCAAAGACUGCCGCCGUCACUGCUGAAAUUCCGGGCAUACAUCCGACAGUAUACAUAUGACGAGGAUUGUAUUGAGGCCUUAGAGCAUAUGAUUGCCAACUAUCAGUCACACACGCCUCAGCUUCAAGAGAUCAUAGUGGCUGCUUCACCCUCCUUGGAGACGUACAAUUGGUUGAAGUACGACUGGAGCCGUCUUGUUCAACUAUCCUCGAAAACGGGACUAAGUUUCAAAGUGGACCGGCAAGGAGACGAUAACGAUGAUGACUUUAGCAGCAACUGGGAAGGGGGUCAUUCGGUAUCAUCUCCUUCAUCAGAUGAAGUCGACCUGUAUAGUGACGACGAGUAA